AGGGAAAAUUAAAGAGUUUCAGCUUUGACCUUGCAGCAUCCUAUAGCAGCGAAGACCACGAUGAAACUCCAGUCCUUUGACCCAUUACAAAUCUCAGUCUCGUCGAUUUUUAUCUGCCUCUCAUCUCCAAUCCUAUCUACAUGCGCAACCCUUUCACACUCUCUGUCGUCGAACCCUCGUUUCCAAUUCUUCUUCGUGCGAUCCGUUCUCGUUGAUCUUCUAGUUCAGUCUCGCCAAGCGAUUAUGGGCCUUAUAUUGAACAGCAAUCGGUUUCGGCCGAUUCCGUCGAUCCGUUAUCUGAAAUUAGCGAUGGGGAAGAAAGUUACGCUCACACGCCUGUUGAAGAUGGCCGCGACGAAUUGCCCCGACUGGACAACCGUCUCCGCCCGCGGUGGGGAGUUCGACUUCGACCUGACUCGCGCGCGGCUGCAGGAGCUCGUCGAUCACGCCGCCGCGCUCCUUGCCGCCUACGGCAUCGGCCCCGGCAAUGUUGUCGCGUUCGCUUUCCCCUACACCGUCGAGUUUGUGAUCCUGUUUCUGGCGGUCAUCCGUUGCCGAGCCGCAGUGGCUCUGCUCAACCCGGCCUACAAGGCUAAGGAGUUUGAGUACCACCUUUCCGACUUGCGAUCGAAGCUCCUAUUGACACCAAAUGAAGGAAACCAACUGGCUCAAUCCGCUGCUUCCGAGCUUAACAUCCCCCACCUAACCACCAGGCUUCACUCGGCCAAUUCGAAAAUCACUCUCUCUUCAACUAACAUAGAGCCGGAUCUCGACUCGAUGUCCAAAGUUGUCAACGAUCCCUCGGAUGUCGCUCUGUACUUGUGCGACUCUGGCACCCCAAGUCACAAGUUCUUGGGGGUAGCUUGCGUCCCAGCUUUCUGCCGACGCAUGCAGUUUACUCAGAAGGAACUGGCUAUAGCGGUUGAGUAUCCAUUUCUCCAGGAUCGACAUUUAGUCCUUGCAUUCUUGAGCUCUUUAUCUGCCGGGACUACAGCGGCUGCUAGGUCCUCAGCAUCGAGAUUUUUGGAUAAAAUGAUUUCAGGCAAUGCCACGCGUCACACGGCAGUUGUUGGUCCUGGUGUACGUUACAGGCCAGAAGUUGCCCGUCCAGAUAUGCCGGAGGGAAAUAAUGCACCUACGACAACCGAAGAGAACAAAACCGAGACCGAGAGAGGUGGAGAAGAAGCGACAUUAACGGAAGAGUUGGCAAACCUAGGUGGGACCAUGAGCAAUGAUAUGCCAGUGGGAAAUAACGCACUUUCGAUAGCCGGGAGAGGUGGAGAAGAAGACAAUGGUAGGGCGACAUUAACGGAAGAGUUGGCAAACCUGGGUGGGACCAUGAGCAAUGAUAUGCCAGUGAGAAAUAAUGCACUUUCGUCCGCUGCUAUGGGGGGAUGA